GCGCUGCAACGCGCAGGGCGGAGAGGCAGAGCGCCGCGAGAGCACCAGCCGCCAGGUCGCCCUCCCGCAGCCCCGUGCCGCAGGAGAGAAAGCGCGCCCGGGUCCUGCUCUGCUCCCAGUCUUCACCCCGGCGCCCCCGACAGAGUCAGAGCUCCUCGCCUCAGCUGAGCGCCCUCCUCCUCCGGAGCACCCAUCACCCCUGCAGCCCCAAAAGUGCUCCAGACCCACGUCGGCGACCACCAUGGCGGAGACCAACAACGAGUGUAGCAUUAAGGUGCUCUGCCGAUUUCGGCCUCUCAACCAGGCCGAGAUUCUUCGGGGGGACAAGUUCAUCCCCAUUUUCCAAGGAGACGACAGCGUCAUUAUUGGGGGGAAGCCUUAUGUCUUUGAUCGUGUAUUUCCCCCAAACACGACUCAGGAGCAAGUUUAUCAUGCAUGUGCCAUGCAGAUUGUUAAAGAUGUUCUUGCUGGCUACAAUGGCACCAUUUUUGCUUAUGGACAGACUUCCUCAGGGAAAACUCAUACCAUGGAGGGAAAGCUGCACGACCCCCAGCUGAUGGGAAUCAUUCCUCGAAUUGCCCGAGACAUCUUCAACCACAUCUACUCCAUGGAUGAGAACCUUGAGUUCCACAUCAAGGUUUCUUACUUUGAGAUCUACCUGGACAAAAUUCGUGACCUUUUAGAUGUGACCAAGACAAAUCUGUCUGUGCAUGAGGACAAGAACCGGGUGCCAUUUGUCAAGGGUUGUACUGAACGCUUUGUGUCCAGCCCGGAGGAGAUUUUGGAUGUCAUUGACGAAGGGAAAUCGAAUCGCCAUGUGGCUGUCACCAACAUGAAUGAACACAGCUCUCGAAGCCACAGCAUAUUCCUCAUCAACAUCAAGCAGGAGAAUAUGGAGACCGAGCAGAAGCUCAGUGGGAAGCUGUAUUUAGUGGACCUGGCAGGAAGCGAGAAGGUCAGCAAGACUGGGGCAGAGGGAGCAGUGCUGGAUGAGGCAAAGAAUAUUAACAAGUCACUGUCAGCCCUUGGGAACGUGAUCUCUGCAUUGGCUGAAGGCACUAAAAGCUACGUUCCCUAUCGUGACAGCAAAAUGACACGGAUUCUCCAGGACUCUCUGGGAGGAAACUGCCGGACAACUAUGUUCAUCUGCUGCUCACCGUCCAGUUACAAUGAUGCAGAGACCAAGUCCACUCUGAUGUUUGGGCAGCGGGCAAAGACCAUUAAGAAUACCGCCUCAGUGAAUCUGGAGCUGACUGCCGAGCAGUGGAAGAAGAAGUAUGAGAAGGAGAAGGAGAAGACAAAGGCUCAGAAGGAGACGAUUGCAAAGCUGGAGGCUGAGCUGAGCCGGUGGCGCAGUGGAGAGAAUGUGCCUGAGACAGAGCGUCUGGCUGGGGAAGAUGCAGCCCUGGGAGUGGAGCUCUGUGAGGAGACACCUGUGAAUGACAACUCCUCCAUCGUGGUGCGCAUCGCCCCUGAGGAGAGGCAGAAGUACGAGGAGGAGAUCCGCCGCCUCUAUAAGCAACUUGACGACAAGGAUGAUGAGAUCAACCAGCAGAGCCAACUCAUAGAGAAGCUCAAGCAGCAAAUGCUGGACCAGGAAGAGCUGCUGGUGUCCACCAGAGGAGACAAUGAAAAGGUCCAGCGAGAGCUGAGUCACCUGCAGUCGGAGAACGACGCUGCUAAGGACGAGGUAAAGGAAGUGUUGCAGGCUCUGGAGGAGCUGGCUGUCAACUAUGACCAGAAGUCCCAGGAGGUGGAGGAGAAGAGCCAGCAGAACCAGCUGCUGGUGGAUGAGCUCUCUCAGAAGGUGGCUACCAUGCUGUCCCUGGAGUCUGAGUUGCAGCGGCUACAAGAGGUCAGUGGACACCAGCGAAAACGAAUUGCUGAGGUGCUGAAUGGGCUGAUGAAGGACCUGAGUGAGUUCAGUGUCAUCGUGGGCAAUGGAGAGAUUAAGCUGCCGGUGGAGAUCAGUGGGGCCAUUGAGGAGGAGUUUACCGUGGCCCGGCUCUACAUCAGCAAAAUCAAAUCCGAGGUCAAGUCUGUGGUCAAGCGCUGCCGGCAACUGGAGAACCUCCAAGUCGAAUGUCAUCGCAAGAUGGAAGUGACCGGGCGGGAGCUCUCAUCCUGCCAGCUCCUCAUCUCCCAGCAUGAGGCCAAGAUCCGCUCACUUACAGAGUACAUGCAGAGUGUGGAGCUAAAGAAGCGGCACCUGGAAGAGUCCUAUGACUCCUUGAGUGAUGAGCUGGCCAAGCUCCAGGCCCAGGAAACUGUGAAUGAAGUGGCCCUGAAGGACAAGGAGCCAGACACACAGGAUGCUGAUGAAGUGAAGAAGGCCCUGGAGCUGCAGAUGGAAAAUCACCGUGAGGCCCACCAUCGGCAGCUGGCCCGGCUCCGGGAUGAGAUCAAUGAGAAACAGAAGACCAUUGAUGAGCUCAAAGACCUGAAUCAGAAGCUCCAGUUAGAGCUAGAGAAACUCCAGGCUGACUACGAGAAGCUGAAGAAUGAAGAACACGAGAAGAGUGCCAAACUACAGGAGCUGACAUUUCUGUACGAGCGACACGAGCAGUCCAAGCAGGACCUCAAGGGCCUGGAGGAGACCGUUGCCCGUGAACUCCAGACCCUCCACAACCUUCGCAAGCUGUUCGUUCAAGACGUCACGACUCGAGUCAAGAAAAGUGCAGAAAUGGAGCCCGAGGACAGUGGGGGGGUUCACUCCCAAAAGCAGAAGAUUUCCUUUCUUGAGAACAACCUGGAACAGCUUACAAAGGUUCACAAACAACUGGUACGUGACAAUGCAGAUCUGCGUUGUGAGCUUCCUAAAUUGGAAAAACGACUUAGGGCUACGGCUGAGAGAGUUAAGGCCCUGGAGGGUGCACUGAAGGAGGCCAAGGAGGGCGCCAUGAAGGACAAGCGCCGGUACCAGCAGGAGGUGGACCGCAUUAAGGAGGCUGUUCGGUACAAGAGUUCGGGCAAGCGGGGCCAUUCUGCCCAAAUUGCCAAACCUGUUCGACCAGGCCACUACCCGGCAUCUUCACCCACCAACCCCUACGGCACCCGAAGCCCUGAGUGCAUCAGUUACACCAACAGCCUCUUCCAGAAUUAUCAGAAUUUGUACCUGCAGGCUGCACCUAGCUCCACCUCAGAUAUGUACUUUGCAAACUCCUGUGCCAGCAGUGGGGCCACAUCUUCUGGCGGCCCCUUGGUUUCCUACCAGAAGGCCAACAUGGACAACGGAAAUGCCACAGACAUCAAUGACAAUAGGAGUGACCUGCCCUGUGGCUAUGAGGCUGAGGACCAGGCCAAGCUUUUUCCUCUCCAUCAAGAGACAGCAGCCAGCUAAUCUCCCACACGACUGCUGCAUACCUGCACUUUCAGUUUCUAAGAGGGACUGAGGCCUCUUCUCUCAGCAUGCUGCAAACCUGUGGUCUCUGAUACUAACUCCCUACCCAACCCUUGUUGUUCAACUGUACUAUGUUUGAUGUCUUCUCUUACUUACUCUGUAUCUCUUUGUACUCUGUAUCUAUAGAUCAAAAGCUGCUGCUA